AUCCAAGAUUAUGAAAGGAUCUGUCAUCAGAUUGACUUACCAAAACAAGCACAACUCAAGCUUCAGUACCAAAGCAAAGAUGUGACAGCAAGAUUUGACCAUGUAUUUUGGUGUGGCGAUCUGAAUUUUCGACUCAUGAAUGAUCGUUCCACUGUCGUCGGUUUACUGAAGGAUCACCAUGAGAAUAAAGAACUUACGUAUGAGAACCUCCUGAAAUUCGAUCAGCUGAGAAGUGCUAUGCUGGAUGGUCAGGCAUUUUUUGGCUUUCAAGAAGGAAAGAUAAAAUUUGGACCGACUUACAAAUUCGAAGUUGGCUCAAGUCAGUUUGAUGAUGUUAAGCAUAGAGUGCCAUCGUACACGGAUCGAAUACUUUAUAGAAGCAAGAGAAAAGGCCAUAUAGAGUGUAUUCUCUAUGACUCAAUUCCUUUAAUGCAAACCUCUGAUCAUCGACCAGUGUAUGGGCUCUAUGAAGUGGUGAUUCGACCUGGAAGAGACAACACACGACUGUCGGCAGGCUUGUUCAACAGAGACAUCUAUUUAGAAGCUGUACGCAGGCGAGCUGCUGCCCUCGAAAUUCGACAAAGCCUUAAAGCCAGUCAAGUGUGUGCUGUAUGACAUUUGUUGCAUGGAAGACAUAGCAGAGGUAAACUUGACUACUAAUUGAGCAGAGAGAUGUUUCUAUGACCAGUACAGUGGCCACUUGUACACAACCUAUAUUUUGCAUGUUAUGUACUGGGAGAAGACUAAAGAACAGAAGAAUGGAGGUGCACAAAUACAUUAGAUGCACUUUUACAAUUAUAAAUUGCAAUUUUGCGUGAAGUGGUUAUACUAAUAAAAGUCUGCAGAUGAAAAAAUAACUGCACUGUGAAAUGCAUACAGUGGUGCUUGUGGUUACCUUACUUGCAUAGCCUCCAUGGGUGUCCUGCUGUGUAUCGAAUAAAGUAUAGAAAAUACAAUUGUUGUGUGACAUCUGGUAUAAAUGCAAGGAAAGCAUACAGGGCAUUAUUAGUAGUUUUUAUAUUUGAAGCUUAGUAAUUAUGAUGAUAGUGGAAAUGAAUUUAGUGGAUGAGAAAAACAACUUGCUUCUGGUGUCGACGAACCUUUGGCUUGUUGCCUUUUUUGUCCACUUCGAAUAAUUUCCUCUGAUGUCAUUUGUACUACAAUUAAAAGCCACAAAUAAUGCUUCUAUGCUAUUCUUGUGGUUUCAUAAGAUCGGGUGUCAUAAACAAGUAUGCCAUUCAAUCCAUUCCUCCUUUUUUUGUUUACUUGUUAUUGGUCACUUGCAAAGAUAUCAAUUUUUUUUUGAUAAUGUGAUAUUAUGCUGAGAAAGCUGAUAUUUAGCAAUUAUUUCUUCCUAUUUAGGUACGAAUCUCUUAGUGUGUUUUGUAUAUCCUCUAGGAAAUGUAUCCUAUCUUGAGUUACGAAUACGUAUGUGUACUUCAUUUUUUAAAUUGAUUUUUUGCUUUGGGUAUGGUGUUUUUAUAAUUUAACUGCCAGUGCAAUGCAUGUUGAAUGUAUAAGGUUUUUAAACUUCAAAAGUUCACAGUGUAUUAGUUGAAUGUGUUUGCCCAUUGCCAUGUUGAAGGAGCCUGGACACCUUUCAAGUGAACUACCGUCCAUUUUACAUCCAGGCCUCUUCUGUUUUUUCGUAGCUAUAGAAAAUGGAUGAAAUAAAGUUAAACGUGAUAUGAAGAAAGUAGCCAAUUAACAGGUGAUGGUAAGUUCUCCAAUGGCUUUGAAAGAUUUCCUUUUGCAGGGAAAUAAUUGGCGGAGUAAUGAAGAUAUAUAAAGGUGUUUGGUGCUUUUGUCUGCGAGUCGUUCCUGUCUGUGAUGGUAAAAACUAAAAAAAGAGAAAAAAAUCUUCAUGAUAAUAAUUGAAAGGAUUUUCCUCUGCUGCUGCAUUGUGGAUAUUUUUUAAAAACACUGUAAUUUGUGUUUGCAUCCAUUGCCUUUUUUUAUGUCCUGAUCUCUUUAUGUACAAAAAGCAUCAAGCCACACCUUUUCCUGAAGCUUUUCCUUGUUUUGCCUUUUCCAUUGAAGGCCACAGUUGUCUUUCACACAGUUUGCUGCACACACAAGAUUUGCACUAAAAUAUCACCAAGAUCUUUAAAGUGCUCUGUACGUGUAGAAAAUAACUAUGUAGUAGUUUAUAGAAUGCUCUUUCCUAUCAUUACCUGAAAUACUUCAAUUAAGGGUCUUGUGCAGGAAUACAAUGAAAUGUUUUGAUAUGGUCUGCACAUGUCUUGAAGGCUAUCAUCCUGGUCGUAAUGGUUGACUCAGAUUGCGAUGUGAAACUCUACCCUCCCUAAUGAAAAAUUGCAGAGGACCAAAUAGGGGGAUUGGGCAAUAUGAGUGGUUUUCAGUGUCACCAGGAAAACCAUUCCAAUCUGUUGAAAGUCCCUGCAAAGAAUGGUGGCUGGUGUGCUAAAAGAGGGUGGGCCAAUCUAAAACUGCUGAGAUAGAAUAACAAAUGAGGGCAAGGCAGGAAAUUUAACUGGAAAAGAAGUUUCUGGUUUGCUACCCUUCACAAAGGGGAAGAAAAGGGGAAGUGAAAGACUGGAAGUGCACAAUAUGAAAGAAAAAAGCUUCCACAAUGCACAAAAGAUCAAUGAUGCCUUGAUUGAUUUUUGGUGUGGCUACUAUUUAGAGUGGCAUGAUAACUAGAAGGAUAAUGGGCUGGUGUGAUGGCAGAAACUCAAUGUGCUGUCUGAUAAAAAAAGUUGUUUAGGCAGAAUCAAUCUAUUUCGUGAUGUGAUGAAAAUUCUGGAAGGUUAGGUGUGCUUUCAUGAUGGUAACACUUGAAUGAGAGGAAUGAUCACAGAGUAAUAAAUAAAUGUCAUGGUUUAGAACAUAAUAUAAAGUAUUUAUGAUUAUUUUGUUGAUAAUACCAGACUGGACAUGUGUGUAUCAGUUUAAGCUAUAUUAAAGUUUGAUACACUGUAGUCUCACUGAGGAAAAGGCUAAAUGUAGGUUUCAAAAGUACUAUAUGUGUGAAAACACCAUGUAAGAUCAGAAAAGUUGUUGCCUAAAUAUGUACCUGUAAGGGCCUGCAUUGAUGGUUUGAGUCAUGGGUGAUUACUCUGAUACAGAGUAAGAAUGAUGCGGAUGAAAAGGAAGUAAUGAUGAUCUCUCAGCAUUUAAUGACAUGGGCCAUGUAGUGCACUAGUUCAAUGCUGAGCGAAAGUCUGGCUGAAGGGCAUUAACAUCAGUGAGGUUAUUGAUUAAUAAAUUAUACAGUAAUUUGUGAACACAUAUAUAUUCAAACACAAAUUUGUGAAUCAGUAAUCCUUAUUAAAUGUAAAUUAUGGCCAAGAGCUGCCCUGUUUUGCAACUGAUACUAUGGGACAUCAAGAAAAAGAAUGGUUGAAUGCUUGAAAAAAAAAAAAUGCAUGAAUAGUCUUUUUUGCACCCAACUCUGCUAUCAUAUUUGUCUUAGCAAUAUUAUUGCCAUAAUAUCCAAGAUUUUUUAUAUGGAUUAAGGCGAAUCAUUGUGUGGACCAUAUGUAUAUUGGUUUACUUGUCCAUAACAUACCUGUUUUAAUGUGCACAUUGGUAUUUCAUUGUUUUACUUUCACGGAAUUUAGCAUCUAUAUAAAAGCAUUUUGCCUUGAAGAUACUCUUUAACCAUAUACUAAUGCUUAACACUGAUUGAGACAGGAGGAGGAAUAAGGAUGCUAGAACUGUUUGAAAGCGCAGUGCACCAUUUUUCCUCAAGUGUUUAAUACGAUCGAACCCAUUUGUAAUGAUCCCAGUUAUGACAAAUGUACAGUUACUAUGAGCAAAGUAAGUACAGCCAUCACAUUUUUCAUGAGGUGCAUGGCAGCAUGUCUCAAAAUUGGUUAUUAUGGCAUUGGGAUGCUUUAUUUUAAAGCAAAUGUGUAAGUAUAUCUUUGUCUUUGAUUAAGGUGCCACUAUCUUGCUGUUUAGCACUCUGCUCAGCAGUGACAAUGCCUUUUUUGCCAUGCAGUGCUAUAUUGAAUUAACAGUCAUUACAUAUGGGCAUUAUUUGUGCAUUCAUGAGUUCUUCUUACUAACGUGAACUUGAGUGCAUGUUGUUUGCAAUUGAGCGCAUGGCCACUGACAUCCCACUAUGGCAGGAGUCUCACCUGAGCCAGCAGGUUGCAGUCGCGCAAUUCAGUCCUGUAAGGGCCAGUACAGAAAAAAAGGUAAAAGCGAGGGAUGAGGAGGGGAAGGUGUGGUUUCUACAAAUUGUCAGCAAACUUUAUCAUUUGAAAGAAAACCUUUCCCAUAACCCUUACAGGGAUAAUUUUGAAGAAGAUUCAGUGCACAGGAUUUCAACAUGACAAUACCAAUUGUCAAAGUGACCAAUAUCUGGGUGUCGAUUCUCAAAUAUAGUUUUCGUUUUGCAGUUAGGUUUCAAUACAUGGUUUGAAAGAAUCCAGUAAUAUGCCUUGUGCUAGUUGUGCAAGAGACGUACGAGGCCAAUGAGGCAGAAUUAUCACAAAGCUCGUAAUUAUCGAGAGGUGGUAUCAACAGCUUUCCACCACAUUUUGUACUUCAGCACUCCUUGCGAACUGAAAUGCAGUAUCAAAGUUUCUUGCAUAAUGACUCGUAUACAGACUCACGCGAGAUAAAUGUGCAAUUUCUCUGUGAGUGUGGCCACUGAACGUAAUUUCGGCUUUGACAUAAGUGGGUUACAAUUACGCGGAUAUGACAUGAACUGAAGGUAGUGGGAAUGAAAGCAUGUACAUUAAUUUAGCCAUAAUGGUUAUUUUGAAUUUGUGAGCACUGUACACUUCAGCAUUGUAUGUGCUAUACUGAAAUGUUAUAAUGCAUUACCAUGAACUUGCAUGGACUAAGUUAGUUUGUGUGUAAAAGUUAUUAUAGGUAAGGGUGUGCGCAUGUGUUAGAAAAUUUUGAAUUUAGUAACGUGCUGUUCAGGUCAGUUUUUGAAUCAAAUAAUUGAUAUUCGUAAAUAAAAAAAUUAAUAGUAUACAAGUGUUUUAAAGUGUCAACUGUGCACAAAUGAAUGCAUAAGUCUUGCAAUACCAUGAUCAAUUUUAUCUCUGUAGAAAUAGUAGCAUAGCCAUAAAAGAGAGUGCUUAAUCAGUAGUGCAUUAGUCUAUGCUGCUCAAGAAGCCAGGCUUGGCACUUGCUACUUUGUUUCCACUGCUAUAUUGUGCUUUUAGUGCCAAGACUACGAAUACUGGGAUGUGAGCAUCAUUUUACGUUAAUUUUAAAAACUACUGUUAUAUAUUUAAAGUAUUCCGUUUAAUUCACCUCUAACCUAUUUUAUUUGGUUUCUAAAUUCGCCAUUUGCACAUACUCAAUCAUAAGUAACAUACUCAUUAUAAGCACAUACUCAUUAUAAGGAUCGAGCAUAAAAUAUAACCAAGGUUAACCGUACCUUUCGUCAGCCUUUCAUGGUUGUGAUGAUAAAACAAUAAUCAUGUGACAAUGCAAAGAGAAUUCUAUUAGUUAUUUUUAGUCUGCCUUGCAUGGUUCUGAUGAUAAAACAAUAGUCAUGAAUAAUGCACGGAGAAUUCUACUAGUCAGUUUAGGAAGUGAAUUAGGAUCAGUUCAUUCCCUGGAUCCUGCUCCUAAAAACUUACUUCUACCCUGCAGAGUUAUGUUCUCUUUCGUCCCAACAUUUUCGACAAGUACUGUUGCUUACAAUACCAUGCUUGAGGCUCGAGCUCACCUGAUGAACCAGUACACUCAAAGGCAAAAAAGAGAUAUGGACCAAGGAGUAAAGAGAAAGCGAGGAGAUAGUGUCUGUGAGCAAGAAAGGGCAGUGAUUCUGUGCAAGUGGCUUACUAUAAAAGAUGCAUCUUGGAAAGGCAUCAUUAGAGAUCAAAAAGUGUUUUUAUGCUCGCAAGCACUUAGGGGCCUGAUAUACCCUCGUUAAUUCAAACGCAAAGAAUUAUCAAAAAGUUUUGAUUAUCAGAAGUUCUCAGAUAUAUGACUGAGUUAGGUGACACCACAUAUUUUGAUAAGGCAUUGAUUUUAUCAUAUUUAAAAAUUUUUGAAGCAGUUUUGAACUCUAACUGCACACAAUGAACAAAAAGCAAAGGUGUAAGGUCCACAAGUUUAUUGGCCAUUUACUGCUGAUCAGACCUUUUAAAGAAAUCGUGAAUUGCCUACUGCUUCCUUGCUAUAUGUACCUUCAGCACAAAGCUCUUUAUACCAUUUGAGAAGCAUCACAGCUUACUAUGCAUGUGCUUCGUUUCAAACAUUUGUUUACUAGCAAAGCCUUUCUUUUUGAAGGCCUGGGGGGCCUAUUUUUUAUUUUUAGACUGUUAGGAAUUUAAACACAGAAAUUUUUAAAUAGUAGUGAGAAAGCAGCAGAUAUUUUUCGGUACAGCAGUGCAAAAAGUAUUAACCAAAUGAUGGUGUUUGAAUUAAGAAGCAUUGAAAUAGAGGGCCAACCAAAAAAUUUAAUUUUGUUUGAAUUAACCAAGAGUAUAAAUUAUCAGAGUUUAAACUAUCGUCAGUCUGCUGUACUAAAUUUUAGUCUUUGUUUGGACAAUAUAUUGCCCAAACAAAGACUAAAAAUUUAUGACUAAAAUUUAAAACACUAUAGUAUUUUAUUAAUAAUACUAGGCAGUAAACAAUUACCACAUACUAAUGUUUAUACGCCUUGCUAUUCAUGAGAUGGCUGUUUCAAGCAGAAAUAACUUUUUAUAAUAAAAGAUGCAAAAUGUUUAUAUAUAUUAUGGCAUCUCUCAUACAUUAAAACCUUGUGAAUUGCCUGAAGUAAAAUUUUGGACACCAUUGGUGUCACUUUGCUUGUGGUUGGUAGUGCUGAUAGUGAAGUUGAUUGAAUGAAAAGAGUGCAGGCUGUGAUAGCAAAUUACCAGAAUGAUGGCACAUACUAAAAGUCGCAAGUUGUGAGCUGUAUACUUUGCUGAAGCUUGCAUGCAUUAGCACUUUUAAUAGCAAUUCAUAGGAAAGGGACAGAGCUGUCUCGCUCGUCAGGGUAAUGCAGCAAGAAAGGUUGUGAGGUGAGGGAACGCGCUUGUUGGUGUUAUUAAAUAAUUGUCUCGUAGUAUUGUGUGGCCUCUGCAAUCCCACACUGAUAAGUGUAGCCAGGCAAAUGCGCCAUGAAAACUGGUCUCUUGCCAAGUUUAAAAAAAUAUUCUUUAUUGGAAAUGUUUGUGAUAGUAGUAAUCCAUUUGAAGUGUGUGUGUUAAUAUGAAAAUAGCAUCUCAUGUUCAGCCAAAAGGAGUAAUGUCAUUACUAUUGGGUUCUUUUUGACCAGUGUGUUAAAAGAGUUUCUUACUUGACAUUGCUGAGCAGCUUUGCACUACAGGGGCCACAAUAUUGUUGAGCAUAGGGCCAAGCAUUAUAGGAGGGAAAGUUUUUGUGAAUGUUUCUGUCUCUAUGUAAACCUUGCAUUAUUGUUUGUUUUGUGGUUACCAGCAAUAAAGUAGAA